AUGAAGGUUGCAGAUAUGCUGCUGCUGAUGAUGGUGGUGAUGAUGAUGGUGGUUGUGAUGAUGAUGGUGCGACGUGUGAAGUUAAUGACAUGGAAAAUUGUAGAAAAGCAGGUCAACAGGUUUCCGCCGGAAGUCGGCCAUUGUUGUUGCAGCCACAAUCACGUGAUACUUUGCUGCCCUUACAAACAAACCUGGUACUAUUUCCGCUGCAAUGAUGUCACCGAUGUAGUUGGCUUCCUCCCCAGCCACCCACGCCACGGCAGCUACAACUACAUGGACCCACACAGCGACAGCAACUACAUUAGCCACAGACAUCAGCACAUCGUCACAGCAUCAGUCAUCAUCAUCGUCGUCGUCGUCCUCAUCGUCAUCGCGGCUAUUAUCACCAAACGACGAAUACAAAGUGGUCAGUGGUGUCAUGGCGUGGCUGGCCACAACGAUUGCAGUGGCCGCGGUAGCGGUUAUGAUGACGAUGUUGGGGCUUUCGUGUCACGUGAUGCUACCCCGAACAAAAUGGCGGAAGAGGGUGAGGAUAAAUAA